AUGACGGAGCGGCCGCCGAGCGAGGCGGCACGCAGUGACCCCCCGCUAGAGGGACGGGAGGCGGCCGAGGACCGCAUGGCCCCCCCGCACCUGGUCCUGCUGAACGGCGUCGCCAAGGAGACGAGCCGCUCUACCCCAGCCGAGCCCCCAGUGAUCGAGCUGGGAGCGCGCGGUGGCCCGGGGGGCGGCCCCGCGGGUGGGGGCGGCGCCGCGCGAGACUUAAAGGGCCGCGACGCCGCAGGGGCCGAAGCGCGCCAUCGGGUGCCGACCACCGAGCUGUGCAGACCUCCCGGACCCGCCCCGGCGCCCGCGCCCGCUCCAGCCCCGGCGGAGCUGACCGGUGACGGCCGGAUGGUGCAGUUGAGCCCGCCCGCGCUGGCAGCCCCAGCCGCCCCCGGCCGCACGCUGCUCUACAGCCUCAGCCAGCCACUGGCCACACUCGGCAGUGGGUUCUUUGGGGAGCCAGAUGCCUUCUCUAUGUUUGCCACCAACAACCGAGUGAAGAGGAGACCCUCCCCUUAUGAGAUGGAGAUUACUGAUGGUCCCCAUACCAAAGUUGUAAGGCGCAUCUUCACCAACAGCCGGGAGCGAUGGCGGCAGCAGAAUGUGAAUGGGGCCUUCGCUGAGCUCCGCAAGCUGAUUCCCACACACCCCCCAGACAAGAAGCUCAGCAAGAAUGAGAUCCUCCGCCUGGCCAUGAAGUACAUCAACUUCCUGGCCAAGCUGCUCAAUGACCAGGAGGAGGAGGGCACCCAGCGGGCUAAGCCUGGCAAGGACCCCGUGGUGGGGGCUGCUGGAGGGGGUGGGGGGGGAGGGGGCAGUGCACCUCCAGACGACCUCCUGCAGGAUGUGCUGUCCCCCAACUCCAGCUGUGGCAGCUCCCUGGAUGGGGCAGCCAGCCCGGACAGCUACACAGAAGAGCCUACACCCAAGCACACAGCCCGCAGCCUCCAUCCUGCCAUGCUGCCCGCCACUGAUGGAGCUGGCCCUCGGUGA